UAAAUACGCCCGGAUUGUAGAUGACUCACCACUCCAAAAGAAACGCUUUAUGACGUCUAAACCAUUUCAUUUUUAUGACUAAGUGGGGUAAAAACAGGUUUUGGGGGAGUCCGCUUGCUCCAAAGGCAAACCUUCUUUAGCUUCGUGGGGAAACGUCUUCAUGAAUGAAACUCAUCGAUUUGGGUUUAUGAAAGCACGCAUGACGCCAUCAAAAGGCGACAGAUGAGCACGAAAGGUGGGAACGGAAGCUAAAUGUGUCGUUUCGCUCCGAAAGAAAAUAAAUGAGUGAAUGUUGCUCGAAAUGCCGACUUUAAAAGCUUUGGCGUUUCAUUCGUAAAACGAACCGUACCAAUUCUGGUGCAAAAUACCGUUGUUGUUUUUGUGGGGCGACGUCCGGUAGCUGGCGGUAAACUUGCUAGCGAACGCUAUUCGACGGAAGAGGAAGGAGUCGCACCCGAUAGCAUCGUGCUAAUGUCAUUGAGAAUGCUUUUCUCCCCCCCCCACCCUCUACAUUUGAUGUAACUCAAAACCUACAGGACUCAAGAUGUUGGCGCUCCGGUGGGCGGCGGCAGGUCUCCGCGGACGCGCGCGGGCAGAAGGUCCGCGCCGGCUCUUGGUCCGCCCGUCCUCCGCGCCGACUCCCUUCCGCCCCUGGUCCGGACCCGGAGGCGAGCGAGGAUCCGGCCGGUUGAAGCUGCGGACGCGGGUGGCGGUGACGGCGCUGUUGGGCGGCGGCCUCCUGGCGGCCUGGGCCCGGAUGGACUGGAAGAAGCGUCAGAAAGAGCUGCGUCUGCGCCAAGAGCAGCUGCAGCGGGUGGCGCUGGGUCAGGGCAACUUCAGCCUGCUGGACCACCGCGGGCGGCGACGCACCAAGCGAGACUUCCUGGGCAGCUGGGUGCUGCUCUACUUCGGCUUCACGCGCUGUCCCGACAUCUGCCCCGACGAGCUGGACAAGAUGAGCGAGGUGGUGGCCGCCCUGGACCUGGACCCCUCGCUGCCGCCCGUGCAGCCGCUCUUCAUCACCGUCGACCCCGAGCGGGACCACGCGGAUGCGCUGGCGCGCUACGUCAGAGACUUUCACCCUCGCCUGCUGGGACUGACGGGCACGGUCGAGGAGGUGAAGGAGGCGGGGAGGGACUACCGCGUCUACGCCAGCCGCGGCCCCCCGGACCCGGACGGCGACUACCUGGUAGACCACACCAUCCUCAUCUACCUGAUCGACCCCCAAGGACUCUUCGUGGACUAUUACAACCGUCUUAAGGACAAGGAGCACAUCGCCGACAGCGUACGACGUCACAUCGUACAAGACCGACAAAUGCGAGGCUCGUGACGCCGAGUCGCCCGCCUCGGACCUCUUGGGAAGAUCUCGAAACAUUGUUUUCUGGCCAGACGUUAUGUUGAAAUCCAUAUCAUUAAAAAUGAUGUCAUUGCAA